AUGGCCAUUAAUUGGAGAGCGGCAAUAGUAAAGGUGAUGUUGCUAGCAUUUUUCCAGUUCGCGCAAUUUUGUGGCGUCUUCAGCUUUACUUAUCGCAAAACGCCAAAGCCUGAAACGAAUCAACAAACAUUCGACUUAUUAACCCGCACGAAUGACGUAAAAUACACCGUUAAGCAAUGCGUGUUGUGCAAAUGGUUUUUUGGCAUAGUGCGAAUGAUGGGAGCCAUCAUCUAUAUUUAUGGCACACUCAUGAUGUGGUACACCAAUGAUCCGUUCUACAAUCUCAUCACAUUCCUGCAGACCAAUCUGAUGGCUACCGGUUCCGUUGUCAUGAGCAUUUGCUUGCUGCGAUCGGGCAAAAAGUUCGUCUGUAUCAUAAAUAGCUUCUUCGGGUUAUUCCGACGGGUGCAAUGUUUGACACCACAUCGUCAAGUAAUGGGCGUGCAUCAGUUGAUAUUCCUGCUAAUCAUAGUUAUAUGUGUUGGGAAUUCUGCAUUUGGCUUUCUCUUAAUCUUAAAAUACACGGACUGGCGAGAGUUGGCUGUGGUUACGUCAAAACUCUACCUCGAAACUGGCCUAGUUGUUAGCUUGCACAUAGCAAGUAUCGGUUAUAUGUGUAUUGGUGCACUCUACAAUUGUGUGAAUCGUUAUAUGCGCGAGGAUCUCUUACCGAGAGCUAGAUGUUUGGAUCAUGUGCUAAGACGUAAGAAAACUUAUCGUCUGCCACGUUAUACGCGCAAGCUCAUACGUUUGACCAGAGAACUGAAUAACUGUGCCAGGAUUUAUAAUGAUAUUUACAAUCUGGCAACGACUUUUCAUCAAAGUAUUCGUUAUCAAAUACUAUUUGCUCUAUUAUUCCAAUUUAGCUUGCUUACGACGGUCAUUUACAGCAUUCUGUAUAUGUAUACGGUGAUCACAGCUAUCCAGUGGGACGCGGUGUUUUUUUGCCUACUUAUUAUCAUCGAAGUUCUCAUCAUGAUUUUGUCGGCAUACUCAGCGGUUCAGGAUGGAAUUGCGGCUAAUAAAUUAAGCUUGGAUACGGUGUAUAUGGGCGGCGAUACGGAAUGGAAUCGAAGUGUUGAGAUAUUCAUCAAUCGCAUGAAUCUAUAUGAAUUCAAACCGAAUGUCUUGGGAUUUUUCGACAUUUCCAGUGAUAUUUUGGUAAUGUUUCUCUCGGCUUCCGUUACCUAUUUAACCUAUAUACUUCAAAAUACAAAACUAAGUCAAAAACUAUAAAUAUUGACGCGCGUACCGGCAACCAUGCGGAGCCAUUUGCGGUACCAUUGCGGUUAUAUGGUUAUGGUAUGGCAAUAUUCCGUGCGAAACACAAAAAAGAACACAGGGGUCCACAACACGCGCACCUAUGAAAAUAUCUGAAUGUAUAAUUACAACAAUCGUAUCAAUGCAUAUCACCGGCACAUACUACAUUGGGAUGUGAUUUCAACCCCCGAGUCAAGUAGCAUAAUCACCUGGCGAAACCGUCAACUCACAUUCCCUUUCUAUAAUAUUUGCGAGCGGCACAAGGUCCACCUGUCUCGCCGGCUGCGGCGUCUCCGUUCGUGUGACUUACUUGCAUGCGAGGAAAACGUUAAACCACAUAUUUUUAAUAUAUAAUCAACUGCACACACACACACAUACAUAUAUGUUUAUGCACAUGCAACAGCAAUAAUAAUUCAACGCUUUUGCAAUCCUAGUCGCGAGCAUGGUGCACCAUGGAAAGUUAGUUGAAUUGCGGUACGCGUCCGUGUCGUGUCCAAAAAUUGCGGUUAAUAGAGCGGUCCGUUGCCUACAUCUGUGCCACAUUAACGUGCAACCUACGUAAAAGCCGUGACGCCGGCUGUGUCUGUGAAAAUCCGAUGGGAAACAGUUGAGACACGUUGCACAAUUUCAUGCAACAUACCAGUGGUUUUUUAUGUUCAUACAUACAUACAUAUAUACAAAUAAAUAUUCACAUAUUUACAAAUGCAGACAUAUAUAGCAAUUGUCAUGAUAGUUACUUGCCACAAAUUGCAUGUGGACCAACGUCUUGCCGUUAGAUUGUACAUUACUUGAAAAUAUUUAAACACCUAAUUUUUUGUAGUUUCAAUAAAACUUUGUACAUGUAAUAGUAUAUGUAUUUAUUUGUGCAUGUGUGUGUAUCUGUAAGCAGGUGAAGUUCCAGCGCAUGCAAUGGCUUGCGGCAAACAACCGUUUCUUCUCAUAAUUACUGAAUUUGGUCAAAGUUUUAAUUAUUUAAUGCAACAAUAACAAUAGUGUAAAGAUGCAAUAUAAUAUUACAUGUAUGU